GUGGAAAGUGGGAUAUAGCCGAUGUUUAAAAGUUUUUCCUCACAAUGAUUUUGGUAAUAUGAAGUUCAUGUUUCUGCUAGACGCGAUUUUUCUUUAUCUUAAACCAAAUGUUUUUCUCCGUCAUUGUCUUGACAAUAACCUUUUGACUCUUUUUCAUUCCAUUUAUGUAGUAACUUGUGCACAGUUCAAUCCCACUAAUGACAAUAACUUCAUAAGCGGUUCUAUAGAUGGAAAAGUCCGCAUCUGGGAUGUCCUAAGACGUCAAGUGGUUGACUGGAUUGAUAUGAAGGAAAUCGUCACUGCUGUUUGCUAUCGUCCUGAUGGAAAGGUCAAUAUAGCAGUUAGCUUCUCUCUUAGCCCUCUCUCUAAGUUAUAUCGGAAAUUUCAUGAGAUUUUUUGCCAAAUUACAGGGUGGUAUUGUUGGAUCAAUGGUUGGAAACUGCUCAUUUUUUGAAAUCGCAGAUGAUAUUAUGCAUCGAGCAUCUGUUAUGUACUUGCAAGACAAGAAGAAGACAACUUGCAAGAGGAUAACUAGUUUCCAGGUUACAAGCUUUUUCAUUUUUCUUUCUGCAUAUAUUUCUUUUCUUUUCUUUUCUGUUCUUUCUUUCUGCAUUUAUUUUUUAAUUUCAUGUCUAAUUUGUCUUUUCUUAUCACAGUUUUCUCCAAGUAACCCAAGUGAAGUAGUAGUCAGCUCGAAUGACUCUCUAGUCCGAAUUCUCAAGGGAGCUGAUAUCAUCUGUAAGCUUAGAGGUUGUGUUUCACUAAUUGAUCGAAGAAGCAAAGUAUAUGCAUCUUUCACUGCUGAUGGGAAACACAUCAUCUCAGCUACUGACGAUUCAAAUGCUUAUAUCUGGAGUCAUAUUAACAAUGAGAGAACUACAAACAGCAAACCCAAAAACAUUUGGUCUUCUGAAAGUUUCUCAUCUCCCAAUGCUCUAAUCGCAGUACCAUGGCAUGGUUUUACAUCCAACCCAGAUAUAAAAUCCUCAACGACUAGACAACCUAGUACACCAAGACAUAAGCAGGAAUCUUCUGUUUCAAGUGGCAACUACUGUUCUGUGAAGAAGGAUAAAGGGUCAUCAACAGCUGUUUUGCCUGCCAAAGGAGACAUUGAUUACGAGUUCUUGAGGAAUGUAUGUGAGAGCAUAUUGAGUGGCUCACACAUGUGGGGGCUUGUGAUAGUAACUGGAGGUAAAGAUGGUUUCAUAAGAACAUAUCAUAAUUAUGGACUACCUGUUCGAUGUCCAACAGGGAAAUCCCUCAAAUCCUCAUUCUCUUUAUCUAAUUUUAGAUACCGAUGCAUAGAAAACUGCAGUAGCUUAGGAAGUUCAACUAGUUUUGAUUGAUAGUUUAGACAGCAGAAGGUAGGAUUAAGCAUCAGUAGGUUGUUGAAUAUUACAUUAUUACCACAUAGGGGUAUUUCUGAUGCCUGGAUUAGUAAAUUUUAUAUUUAAAGAAUUUACUUCUGCUCAGAUGUGAUUACUUUGUCUAGUGACCAUAGUAUCAACUGAUUCAGUUCCUCGUUUUUAUUAUACAAUUUUUCUGGGCAACUGAGUGACUUGAAAAUCUUAUUUGAGAUUCUCUGUCAUACUAUUAUAAUAGAAAUCAAGAAAGGAGCAAACACCAUUCUCGAGUCUGCUCUCGUGUAUUGGUGGAUACUGGAUAGUUGUGGUGACCUAAUAAUGAAAGGGUCAAGCAUCAGAGGCCAGGAGAGUGGCCGAAGGAAGCCUUUUGGAAAUUAGCUAGGCAAAGCAAACCCUUCUGUUUCUUCC